UUACUUACCAGUAAAAAGUUUAUGGCAAGACAUAUUUCAAGAAAUAAAACCGCUUCGAAAUAUUUAAUGUAAAAUGGAUUGCUUAUGUCGACCAUCACGGAUUAUGCCCGUUCGCAUAAAUUUGUUGGAUGAAACGGAUUUUAUACACGAAAUAAAGGAUGAUUUACCAGGACAAGCUCUAUUAGAUGUUGUUUUUGCAAGACUAAAUUUAAUCGAAACCUCAUACUUUGGACUACGCUACAUUGAUGAGGAAAAUCAAACACAUUGGCUGGAUCCAGCAUCGCGCAUAUCAAGGCAAUUAAAACCGAAGCCAGAUCCGUAUGAUUUAUACUUUGGUGUUAAAUUUUACGCGGCGGAUCCAUGCAAAUUACUCGAGGAAAUUACAAGAUAUCAAUUAUUUUUACAAGUCAAACAGGAUGUGAUACAAGGACGAUUACCAGUUGCUUUUGAAUUAGCUGCCGAGUUGGGCGCUUUUGUCGUGCAAUCUGAACUGGGUGAUUAUGACCAAAGGCGCCACUCCAAAGGAUACGUAUCUGAGUUUCGUUUGAUGCCGAAUCAAAGCAGUGAACUGGAAACACGCGUUGGCGAACUGCAUCAGCAAUUAAAAGGCAUGUCGCCGGCAACAGCAGAGCUUAACUAUUUGGACAAAGUCAAAUGGCAUGACAUGUACGGUGUGGAUCUACAUCCUGUACUGGGUGAGGAUAGUGUGGAAUAUUUUCUUGGACUGACGCCAAGCGGUAUUGUAGUUUUACGCAAUAAAACGACCGUUGCUCAUUAUUAUUGGCCACGCAUCGCCAAAGUUUACUACAAAGGACGCUACUUUAUGCUCAGGAUAAGCGAUAAAAAUAAUGAGCUGAGCACUUACGGUUUCGAAACUCCGCGAAAGUCAGCCUGUAAGCAUCUCUGGCGCUGCUGUGUGGAGCAUCAUGCUUUCUUCCGGUCUCUACGCGUCGCGCCUUUGCCAAAUUCACAGUCAAACACAUCGGAUCUGUUUCAAAUCGGUUCGCGGCUGAAGUAUAGUAGUGGCCGUUCUGAGAAGCAAGUAGUGAAGGAUACGCUUUCAAUCGGACGUGCGCCACCAACAUUUACACGUGUACCAUCGAAACGGCAACCCAGACGCAUGAUUGAAGACUUUUUAAGUGGGCAGAAAAAUGGCGAAAACUUUGAAUGCACAACGCAGUUGGGAAAAGUUGCUGGAAUGCUGACACCUAACUAUGAGAGUCCUUAUAGAUCAACAUACAGUAUUCCUACUAGUUUGGGCAUACGACCAUAUCAACAAAAUAAUAAUUCAAGCAACCACAAUAACAAUGGUGGCAGCGGUUAUGGCAGCAAUAUACAAACACCUGAUUCACCACGUAGCACGCGUAGCGCACCAUGGCCGAGGUCACAGCAACGAUCGCUCUUUGGCAAUAAUCCAUCGAGUCCACGCUCAGUGCGUUCGGCAAGCACAACGGGUGGUGGCCUACAUCAUCACCAUCAACACCAGCAUCAUUACCAACAGCAGCAUCACCAUCAGCAACAUCAGCAACAUCAACGGCAUCAAGCGAACGGUGCUGCUCACCAGCGUGAUCACGUACCUUCGCAACGAUAUCGAUCAAGUUCGGUUGAAAGUCAUUCAUCAAAUGAUUCGCGCUCAACACGAAGGCACAAGCAUCGACAUCGACGUACUUCCGAUAAUGAGAGUGAAUUAUCGCGUAGUUCUGGUCGUUCAGGUCGUUCGUAUCAUCGGAAACAUCGGCGUUCGCGUCAUCGUCGAGAUUCUGGUGGUUCAGAUCAUGAGAGCACACGUGGACGUAGCUAUUCUGGUCAUCGCGCUUCUUCAGCGCGUAGUGGUUCAGCUGAAUUGAUUGAUUCGGCAUUGCAGUGGCGCGAAGUGCAACGACGUCAAGCAGAAGCUAGUCUAGGUCAAAGUUCCGUCCAUCAGGCAUCGGUGUCGAAGAGCAGCAUGUUGGCUCGCAGCUUACACAGUAACGAUAGUCAUUCAGAUACACACUCGCAUCAUAAGUCAAGGCGGCACAGAAAGAAUAAAUCUCCAUCCGAUUCUCGCAAUCGUAUUUGGUCAAGUGAACUCGCUAAGCAUUUACAAUUUGAUCUAGUCGAUACAACUGGCAUGACCGAAGAUCAGCUUCGCGAAAUUCCCUAUACAGUAGUGGAAACGAAUUCUAAGCGUUCUAAUUCAAACCUUAAGAUACAUAAAAGCAACAGCAAGAAUAGUGUUGGUGGUAAGAGUACAGGUUCUGGCAAUACAAUUACAAAUGGUAGUGGCUCUGGGAAUGGACAGGGUAAAAAUCGUGUCGAUCGUAUACGCGGUUUAUAUUUUCAAAGCUCCCAUCCGACUGAUAACACUGGUGGUAAAAAUGGUUCCAUACGCUCGGCAAGCACAAUUUCUUCACGCGAAUGUGAACGUAACAAUGGUUUAGUAAGAAUGAUGUCUAGUAUGAGUAUGGGAGAUUUUAUAUCCCCCACUGGUUCUAAUCUUAGUCCACUUGAAAAUUCAGCUUUACGUGUUUCGCAUGAGCAUACCGAUUCUGGUUUAGGUGCUGAUCAAGAUUAUGCUUAUUCUUCUGAAAGAUCUAGUGAUAGCACACGUUACGGUACGAAUAAAUCAUCUGGUGCUUCUAGUGGUAGUCAUCGUAAAUCGGCUGGUGCCGGUAGUGGUUCCAAUUACAAUAAUUUAAUGCAACAAACUGUGAGUAAUCAACAGCAAACACAGCGUCAAAAUUCCUUUUAUGCACAGCGUCAACAAGCGCAAAAACAAAAUUUCAAAUUCUCCCAAACUAACCAAAACUCAUCAAAAUCAAAAUCACUGGCGCCCAUUCACAAUACCCAUUCCUCUACUAAUUCAGCUAACAAUAACAAUUCGAACACUACUAAUCCGGGUAGUUUUAAUGAGGCGAACACUUCAAAGCCGAGCACUAAUCGUCUGCUUAACUACACCACAUUUGAGAACAACCAAUACAAGUUUAGUCUUAACAAUGUGUUUAGUAAGAGCGGUGCAGCUAAGAGUGCUGGCAGUAUUGGCAGCAUUGGUAGUGGUGGUGUAAGUGGUUAUGGUUUUACUAACAAUCAGAUGGAUAGUUUUCUUGAAUGGCCAAAUUCACCAGCUGCACCGUAUUACUAUAAUGGUCCACCUUCGACAAAUGUUAAUAUGAAGAAACGUGACGCCAAAUCCGAUAUUGGUGUACCGAUACGUCGACUUUCCGGUCAAGCCAUAACAAAGACUCAAUUAUUAAGUGGCCAAUUGCCGAAUGCCAGUUGCUAUCCGAUGCCAACAGCAGCUUAUUCGGUGGUCGGUUUAGCCUCGCACUUACAUCCAGCCAAAUCAGAUUUGUUUCUUUCGUAUAUGCAUUCUUCGUCUGCCGGGGAAUAUGAACGUCCAUAUAUUUACAAUUAUAAAAUGCCAGAUAUGCCGGAAUUUAUGCGUCCCGCCAAUACAACAACGCCACAACACCAAAAACAGCAGCAACAGCAACAGCAUCAGCAGCAGCAGCAACAGAAUUUGCCACAACAAACUAACACGGCUUAUCACAUUUCAGGCGCACAAACUGCUGAUCCGCCACCAGUUUAUAAGCCUUCCAAUAGUGGUAGCAUCAACAAUGGUGGCGGAGUUGGUGUUGGUGUUGGCAGUAGCAUGUUGUAUGGCGGUGCUGCGCCCGCUACUGAUGUCAUGUAUUACCAAUUUGACAACGGCAAGCCGCCAAUUGUUCAACAGCCGAAAUCUCUACUGAACAAGACCACAAAUGAUCCCUCGUCACAAAUGCAAAAAGCAACGACAUCAGCCAAUGUUGUCGGUCCAUUAGUCUACUUGCAGCACGGCCAGAAUGUUGCGCCAGCAAAUGCCACUUCAACACAGCAAACUUGCACCAACCAUACCAACACAAACAACUCCAAUUCGCACUUGCAAUCCCCCAGCAGUGAGGAUAACAUUCAAGAGGAUGAUGAAGAGGAGGAGCAUGUUGAUGAAAUCGAAACGGAUCAAUACGAUGAAGAUGCAAAUAAAUUCAGCAAUGCAAUUAUGAAUGCUAUGACGACAAUGUCACCAACUUUAAACAACAACUAUAACAAUAGCAAUAGCAAUAGCAAUAGUAAUAGCAAUUUGAGCAACCCUACCAACAUAAAAUUUAAUAGUAGCAACAAUGGCAGCAACAACACUAACAACAAUGGUAUUCAUAAUAAUGAUAGCAAUUUUAAUGAGCAGCUGUCAUCUCCCACAGCAGAAACUUCAACAAAGUCGUCAACGUCAAAUAAGAUUAAUUCCAUACCAACAUCCGCAACAGUUUCCGUUUCCGCAAAUGUAUCCGCUUUACAAAAUAUUAAUCUUGAUAAUUGUAAUGCAAAUGUGAAUGUGAAUGCUACCAAAAAACACGCAAGCAACAAUACCACAAAUCCCUCUACCCCAACUCAUAAUACACCAACAAAACCAACAAAACCAACAACCAAUAUCGACAAUUUUAAUUCCUUGAAUGCUAACAACAUGCUCAAUCGCAAUCAAACUUCAAAUACAAAUCAAAAUCAGAACGAAAUUCUAAAUCAAAAUCAUAAUCAGAAUCAGAAUCAAAAUCAGAAUCAGAAUCAAAAUCGUAAUCGAAUUCAAAAUUCACAUUCAAUACAAAAUCAGAGCCAGAAUCUAAUUCAGAAUCAAAAUCAAAACAUUUCCUCCAGUUUAGAGAUAAUCCUUUCGCCAAUUAUUCAAAGUAGUCGACGAGCGCAAUAGUUGGUGAAAUGAGUACAGAAUUGUGAGAAUUAGCCCAAUUUAAUAUGCAAUAACAACAAUUGCCAACUUUAUACUCGUGCAUACCCGCAACAGCAUCAACAAUUGAAACAAGUUCAUUCAAUACCGCAAAAACAUCAUCAUUAGCAGGAACUGGAGUUGGAACUACUGAAGUGGGAGCAACCGCAGCACUUGCAAGCACAUCAGUACCGCCGCCAAGUGCAUUUUGCAAAUUAUGGUUGCAACAACAAAUGCAACAGCUCCAACAUCAUCACCACCAACAGCAACAACCACAUCAACAACCAUGGUAGUAAGUUUUGUUUAAAUAACAUACAAUUUUAAUGCUGUCGGAAGGUGCUUACUUGUAUGCUACCGCUUAAUAAGGAUAAAUGUUACGUAUUAUAAAAAUAGUGUAAAAUCGCAUUGGUAGAUGAAAAAUAGUAGAUGAAAACUUCAAAAUUUGGUAAUCUAAUAAAUAAACUCUCGUUGUGAAAUUUUCUAUACAAUGAAGUAGCAGUAGUUGAAGUUGCCAUAUACCGAGUGCCCGAGUAUGAAGAGAUUAUAAAUAAAGAGUUUUGUGUUAAGUUGUUGCAUAUUAAAAGUUUUUAUAAACAAAAAGAAAAAUUGUACUUUAGGUAAAGAAAC